AUGGGUAGGUAUGGGUCGGUAUUGGUAGGUGUGGACCAUAUAACCUCAAAAGAUCCUCCAUUACUCGCUGCUUGCUUAAAGACGCCCGCUCCAUGUUUGCACAACGUUCGACAAUUAUUCAAAAAAGAUGUGAUUAAUUUAACUGAACAAGGUAAUACUCACAAACAUACCCAGACAUGUUGGAAGUAUGACAGUAUUAUAUGUCGCUUGCGCAUGCCCAGAGCGUUAAUACCAGAAACAACGAUAAAUGCUGAAACUGGACAAAUCAAAAUGAAACGCAGUCAUGAAACUAUAAAUAAUUUCAAUGAAUUUAUAAUCGUU